GCUUUAGUCUAACACUGGCUGCUUGUGAGUUGUUUCUGCUACUGCUUUUCAUCCGUGUGAAAAAUGUUAUCCGCUAUCUGGCGUCGCAGUUAGUCAGCCGCUGAAUUGUUUUAACGUGGAAAAAAACAAAACGGUCGGUUAAUUUUCUACGAGUUGGACACACUUGAAAAAAGGUUGUGUUAGCUAUGGUCUGAGGUGUUGAAGUUUGCCUUGUCUCUGUGGACGUAGACUUGCCACCACACACAAAUCAGUCAUGUCUCAGUCGGAAACCUGCACGACUGUGUGGGACUGGCUGUCUGUGCUUCGUCUGGAGCAGUAUUCUGAGACAUUUCAGAGAGCCGGGCUGGCGACGUUACAACAGUGUCGCAGCCUCACGCCAGAUCAGCUGGAGCGGAUGGGUAUCACCUUGCCAGGUCACCGGAGACGCAUCCUGGCCAGCCUAAACAAAACGCAUGGUAAUACUGACACACAAUCUGACACACACUCUCACUUUGUAGCGUCUGAGAGAGAUCAGAGAUCGGUGGAAACGGGACAUGCUAAAGCCUUGUACAGAGACAGACCUGUACCCAUCCCAUUGGAAGAAAGACCUGCUCUUAAGGAAAGACAGAAAUUGGAUGGAGCGUCAUCGACACCUAUACCUAGGGAGCGAGAGAAACCAGUUCCCAGGGAGAGAGUGUCCAGGGUGAAAGAGGAAAGUGGAGAUGGAGGUGAAAAUAAGCCAAUUCCUGGACAAAGACAAACAGCAGCGAUAGGUGGAAAAGAGGAAGAGAGGGAUGGAGGAAUAGAUGGAGAGAGGGAGAGGCCUGUGCCUAAAGAGAGGACAAAGUUUCGCACUAGUGCUCCAGUGGACAAUCCCCCCGCCCCCCUUGUCUCCCCAUCUUUGGACACCUCUUUACCCCCUGUCCCUCCACGAAGCACCCCCAACUGCCCUCCACAGCGCUUCACCUCUCCCCUGAGCCCCUCGCCUCCUCCUCGAAUCCCUGCCUCUCCUCCUAAACUGGACAGACAUGCAGUUAAAGCCCCGAAAGUGCAGAGCAGAACUGUGAGUCCCAGCACCACCAGCAACUCCAGCCAUGCCCCCAGCCUCCCCUCUGCCCAAGCUCGGCCUCAGACAUUAGCCAUUCAGCCACAUGCCCAAUAUUUGGGGAGCGAAGGAAGAAGAAAAGCUUCCCCCAGCUCCCCCGUUGCUUCCCCCGUCGAUGACAGAGAUGCUCCACCUCUCCCUCCGAAAGCAGGGGCAAUAACUAAAGGCCCUCCACCUAUCCCACAGCGGUUUCCUGCACAGUCUCCCAAAACUCACAGCCCCUCUUCCACUAAGGCUGAUGAGAUGCAAAAAGAACAAACUCCACUGGUCCCACCUCGCAUCAAGACACCCCAAACACCAGAAAACGCACAACAGUCAACGCAACCCGAAAUUCACCUGGUACUGCCCUCUAAGACGGUCCCCCAACCUCCCAGAGAGUCCAGGUUGGAUUCACUGGAUGAUGAUUCUGAUGACUACGAGAGUCCAGACUUGUUUUACCCCAGUGUUCAUCGAAUAAGCACAUCAGACAGGGAUAUGUCCCUGCAAGUGCCCAGACAACCAAAGGGACGGUACAGUUCUUUGUGCAGCGAUGAUGAGCUGUUGGAUGAUGAUGAGCCUACCGAAUGGCCGGUUGUGAACCUCAGUAACCUGCAAGGCAGCGUCUACCUGCCAAACGACGGCAGACUGUCUUCAGUUGCCAAGGAAGACAGCUCUCAUCUUGCUGCUGUCAUCAAGAUGGGCUGGCUGGAUAAGAAUCCUCCACAGGGGGCCCUUUAUUAUCAGAGACGAUGGGUAAAGCUGGAUGUUGACUACCUGAGAUACUUUGACAAUGAGAAGGAGGUGUAUUCUAAGGGGAUCAUCUCUACUGCCUUCAUGACUAAUGUGUCAAGUGUGGGAGAGCUCAAGUUUGAGGUCGUGACAAACAACCGAACAUUUAUCUUCAGAGCUGAAAGUGAAGCUGAGAGAAACGAGUGGGUGACUGUACUACAGGACUGCACCAGGGGGCGCCGUCCUCGCAGCACCAUAAGCCCAAGCUCACCUUUGACCCCAGACUUUCAGGGCUAUCUGGAGCUCAGAGGGUUACGCUCCAAACUUUAUACUGUUGUUGCCUCAGAUAAAGUCUACCUCUACAAAAACAUAGAGGACUAUCGUAUAGGAGUGGGCAUCACAUCUAUUGAGAUGAACGUAGGGAAUGUUAAAGAGACAGAUCGUCGUACUUUUGAUCUCACCACGCCUUACCGCAUAUUCAGUUUCAUCGCAGAGUCAGAGCAGCUGCGAGAGCAGUGGGUGGACGCCAUGCGGGAUGCAAUAGGUGAGGCUUUGUCGAAUAGAGAGGUGGCAGAGCGGAUCUGGGCGGAGCCGAGCAACAGCCUCUGUGCCGACUGCGGGGCUCCCAAGCCAGAGUGGGCUGCCAUAAACUUGUGUGUGGUGGUCUGCAAACGAUGCGCAGGAGAACACAGAGGACUGGGUCCUAGCAUCUCAAAGGUUCGUAGCCUGAAGAUGGACAGGAAAGUCUGGACAGAGGAGCUUAUACAGGUGUUCCUGUUGCUAGGCAACGAGCGGGCAAACACUUUCUGGGCGGCUAACGUCCCACCAAGCGAAGCUUUGACACCCUCUAGUUGCAGCGAAGAGAGACGGCGCUUCAUCACCAACAAAUACCGCCAGGGCAAAUACAGGAAGUACCACCCUCUGUACGGAAACCAGAAAGAGCUCAACAAUGCUCUAUGUAUAAAUGUGCAGUGCAGUGAUGUGCUGGAGACAUUAAGCCUGAUUUUCUGCGGUGCAGAUGUAAAUUGUUCAACUGGUAUGGCAAAUUGGCCCUCACCUCUCUCCCUGGCCAACGCACACUCACAACUCUUACAGGCUGAGUUAAUUAGCCACAACCUUAACACAGAGCUGCCACGAUCAGAGGUGGGCGGGGCUAUGGAGACGAGGCAUUACUCUCCACCACCUUGUGUGUCUCACAAUGGCUUCCUGUUCAAGACCGCUUCCAUGGCUCGGGCGAUCACAGAGCGCAAGGCCAGAGAGGAGUUCAGUCGUCGCUGGUGCACACUGAAUGAUGGAACUUUCAGCUACUAUGAGAGUGACAAGAACUCGAACCCCAACGGAGCUCUGAAGGCUUCAGAGACCGUCUGUUUGGCUGUAGACGCACCUGAGAGACAUGGGUAUGAGCAUACGUUUGAACUCUACUCCGAGUCAGAGCGCCUCUAUCUAUUUGGCACUGAUGAUCCAGACAGCCACAAGGAAUGGGUCAAGUCUAUUGCCAAGAGCUUUAUCCCAGCCUCUGCAGAGCCUUUACUGAGGCUGGGCUUUGAUCGGAUUGGAAGGCUAAAGUGUAAAGAUGGCUUGAACCUCCAAACAUCCAAGGUUGGUUGGUUUGCUUUGGUGGGCUCCACGCUUCAUGUCUACUUUGCGGAGAGCCAGGGAGAGGAGAUCCACCUCCGCAAGCUGAAUGAACUCUCGAUUCAACAAGACAAUGAGGUGCUGGUUCUGGUGGAGAGAGGCAGAACUCUGUACAUAGAGGGAGAGAGGAAGUUGGAUUUCGCCGGCUGGUGUACGGCCAUCCAGGCGGCAGCAAAGAGUGGAGGAGACACACUGAGCCAGCAGCAGCUGACGGAGACAGACAUACCCGUGAUAGUACACAGCUGCAUCAGCUACAUCACACAGUGCGGCUUGACGUCUGAAGGCAUUUACCGUAAGAGUGGCGUGAACUCCCGUGUGGCAGCGCUGUGCGAGAGAUUCCGCUGUGAUGCUCGCAGUCUUUGUCUGAGGGACGGAGAGCACCAGGUGGACGACGUCUCCAACACGCUCAAGCGCUUCUUCAGGGAGUUAGAAGAGGGGCUGUUCACGUCAGAGGACGCCAGCGCCUGGCUCAGUACAGCUGCCAUUCAGGAUGAAAGUAUGAAAAUCUCUCAGUACCAGAUGUUGUUGAACAGACUGCCUCAUGUCAACAAGGCUACACUACAAGCCCUUAUCAAUCACCUCUACUGCGUGCAGCGUUUUUCUAAUUUGAACCAGAUGAAUCUCCAUAACCUGGCCAUAGUGUUCGGCCCCACACUUUUCCAGACCGAUGGGAAAGACUACACUGCUGGCCGCACCAUAGAGGACCUCAUACAGCACUACACGCUCAUCUUUGAGGUGACUGAGCAGCAGCUAAAGAAGCAGCUAGACGAGAUCAAGGUGAUCAUCGAGCUGCGAAACAAACUCAACAAAGUUGACAAGUUUCCUAGCACUGAACCAGGAGGACACUUCAUCUGUACAGUGUACGUGGAGGAAAAGAAGGAAGUAGUAGAGCAAAGUGUCCAGAUCCCUGGUUCUAUGACAGCAGCAGAGCUGACCUGUGAAAUUUUGGACCGGCGUAACAUCCUGGUUAAAGACAAAGAAUACUGGAGCUGCUGGGAGGUCAGCGACAAGGAGGAAAUGGAACGUCCACUGCACUAUCAGGAGCGAGUCUUACCCAUCCUUCACUCCUUUGGCACGGACUCCCGUCUGCUCAUCAAGAAACACAUCGCUAUGGACAACAUGAUCAUCUACCUGGCCGGUAAAGUGGAUGCAUCCAAACAUGGGAUGAUGAAAUUCAGAGAAGAGCGAAGCAUUUUGGGAUUGGGACUCUCCUCUGGAAGUUUCCACGACCGAUAUUUCAUCCUCAAUUCCAGCUCUCUCCGAAUGUACAAGGACGUCAGAAGUAACCGUCCAGAACGUGAAUGGCCAGGGAAAAACUUAAAGGUUUACCUGGGUAUGAAGAAGAAGCUCCGUCCUCCCACAUGUUGGGGGCUGACGGUGGUGUACGAGAGUAAGAAACAGGAGAAGCCGGAGAGACAGCAGUGGUAUCUCUGCUGUGACACCCAGACAGAAAUGAGGGAGUGGUAUGCUACCUUUCUCAGUAUCCAGUACGAUGGCAACGUGUGGCCUCAGAACGGACUCCAGCAGACGCGGGUGAGCCGCGUGAUGCCAGACACACGUCAUGGUAACGUGUCACUGAUACCUCUACGUGGCAGUGAGAAUGAGAUGCGGAACAGUGUCGCUGCUUUCAGCCAAGACCCGCUUGCUCUCUUUAGAGAUGUUCGAUAGUGGCCAUUGUAAGAAAGAGUGGACGGUCGACCUUGGAACAUUCCUGUGACAUCAUCAUUCUGCCACCGCGAGGACCAGAAUGACGGACACUCAUACUGUACAUGGAGUAUGGCUCUACACUGCCAUCUGCUCGUUUCUGAAUAUGAACUGGACCAAAAAGUAAACGGACAACCGGAUUACAUGUGAAAAUAGAACCUCCUCUGGUUUCCCCGCACAAAAUGAAUUUGACUUGACUUGAUGUACAGUAGAAGCAGCUGGGAGCUGUGGCAUUAAAAAUGAAAGAGAGACAGUUUGAUGGACUUCAAUCACCUUGAAGAUUUUCCUAAACUCGCUUCCAGCUCGAUGUGUGACAAGUCUGCGCCCAACUGUGUUGCAUUAUGGGGCAGAGGCAUGAAAAAACCUUAGUCAGGUUAUUCUAGGCAUCAAGUGCUUAGCUUUUUUUUUAAAUAGAAGAUUAAAGUUUAUUUACUUGCAGUUGUAGCUGAAUCUGGUUUAUAAUUUUCAGUUGUUUUUAGUAACUCUUUCUGUACUAUUGCUCAAAGAAUUGUCUGGAUAAUCUCGCAGUUCAAAACUGCUCUUAUAAGCAAAGCUGGUGUUAUAGGAGACAGUGACCUGAUUUCUAUCCAGAGUUUGUUCCACGGGGACCAAGACGAAGACUGAGAGACAAGCUGAGAAAUGACAAGUGAUGGAUACGUGUCUGUUACUCAGCACGACGUUUGCCAGCAGUGUGCAAAAAAAAUCUCGGUCACAGUCGCAUUUUGUCUUUUAUGGUAUGUGUGUAUAUGUGUAGAUGUGUUUGCGAGCGCACAGGUUUUACAUACGUGUAUGAAACUGAGUCUUCUGGGGAGUGAAGGAAGGAGAGGCAUGUGCUGAAAACAUUACUUUUCAAGAUUAAAAGGACUUAAGAGGAGAAAUUGUUGGAAUAUGUGACAAAAUAAGAGAAGUUCUUGAUUCACCAUCUCUUCUUAUUCUGAACUAAAUAAACUGAGUGCACCUUAAGUAGGUCACAUUUUAAACCAUAUUCACUUAUUCAAAACAAUGUUUUCUCCCAGGACUGAUUAGCAGUCCUGUCUGUCCUCACACAGUCCUCAGCACUGCCUGUAAUGUACAGUACAUGAGCAGUUUUCUAAUUAACCAGGAGUAUUUAUGAAGUUUUUAGAUUAGGAAUUAGUCAUAUUGGAAUAAACAUGUAUUUUUUUGUGUGUUCAUUAUGCACAGCAUAGAGUCUUUGUAACAGUAUAUUGUUAUAGUUUGUUCAUCCAAACCCUCACACAGGGUUCAGAAGUUCAUAUCUGUAAGUACAAGAAAUAAAUUAAAGUGCAUUUUAAUCUUCUAUCAUUCUUUCUACUUGGGUCCAAGCUUGUACAUAUUUUGUCAAAAGGAGAGCAAUGAAACAAUCUGUAUUAACUGUAUUAACCGUGCCUGACCAGCAGCAUUGAACUGCCUAUCUUCACUUCACUACCUUGUAGUGUCACCUGUAGGUUUCCCCUGAGUUUUUAUUUUAUUUAUUUGGACAGCAGAGGACGCCAGCUUCUGUUCUGCAGCCGCUGCUGAGAUGUCCUCAUGUUCAGCUAAAUGUUCAUAUUAAUCACCUAAAAUGUAUACAAAUAA